AAAGACUGUACUUUAUUUGCCUAAAAUAUACCUCUCCUCUUCCUCUAAAUCUCGGUUCUCUAAUGGCUUAGGUACAAUACGAUUCUGCGGCGGCCAUAUUCACGUUUUCCUGAGUCUCUGACAAUGUUUUUGCCAAAAGCCGCGAUCUCGUCGGCAUCCUCCUUGCGCAAUCCUCGAAGACGCCAACGUACAAGCUCUGAUGAACCUGUCAACCCUCCAAAAGCCAAAAGACAACGGUCCAGUUUGCGCCAUGGUAGUUCAGAUAUUUGUUUAGAGGACCAAAGUGAGCUGCGCGAGCAUGGAAAUUGUUCAACUACACUUGCUUCCCAAGACCUCGACACCGCAGACAAUGCUACUUUUCAAGAGAGCAUGCCAAUUAGAGGUCCAAAGAAGCUAGAGAGGCGAGGCGAAGCUGAUGGGACCAUUGUCCUCUCUAAAACUGACUUUUACAAUGUUUUGCAAUUACCGGCUCUGCCAGAUCAGAUCCGCGGACUACAAUCAGGCAAGGAGCCAAAUGGGCCACUUCCUCUUGGAAUCCUACUAUCUACUGUAACAGCUGGGAUUCCAGGCCUUAUGAUCGUCGCUCCUGACACAGGGAAUAUCACAUACUGGGAAACUGUCUCAUGUGCUGCAUCACUGGGCCUGGCCAGACAGAAGCAGAAGACCUUCCAGGGGUGCAUACCUAAUCUACUCUCAGGUGAGCACAUCACAGAUCUCGUGAAUGGCGAGCCUUCUGGUAUCAUCGUUACAUUAUCGUCUGGGAGGGUUGCUCAUAUCACCGUUCGGGAUCCACAAGGAAAGCCGACAGUGACUGUCAAUUCUUGCGAAAUACGUCCGGGCUUGCGAGACAUUAUAAUCGCUACAUCAGGCGGUCUUUUUGAAAUCUGGGAUACACAUUGGAAUAACGGGAGUAUAUUGAAGAAACAGUUUGAUAUUAUAGAUGACCUAUGUCGUCACCUUGGUACGGAAGAUUCGAACAGAUCUGACGACUCCAACAUCAAGAUCUUGGACUUUUCACUCAUGCCAGCUGAGUGCAAUGUUCGUGAGCUACCAGGUAGCGUGUCGGUAGCAUCCUGGCAUCUCUCACUCAUUGUAACUCAAUCUGGGAUGGGUUCGCAAAGCAUGUCCCUUGUGCAAGUCAAUCUAGCCGAGGAAGUCCAUAUCCUGUCUUCCCACCCUAUUGAUUUGCAUGGGGUCUCGGCGGGUCUUGAUUCAAAACCGAAAUUAUAUCUCCCGAAGCCAGGUGAUAUGGCAUUUGUUUUAGUGGAUUACUCUGUUAUACUCUUAUCGUUGAGUUCAACCGAGCACCAGUCCGCGCAACCUCAACAACAGCGGGUGUUCCAGGACUCUAUCAGUUUCCGCUCAGGAAAGGCCUUUGAAAUUUUAGGCAGCGGCUUUGAAGACAAAAACAAUGAGAACUCGUGCCCCGCAUGUCUAAUAAUGGUCCGUGAUUUUGGUACCAUCCGCAUUACAGCUUUACCACACUAUGACUCGUGUUCCACCGCUGAAUGUGUUCGAAUCACUGCUAAGCAAAAGAUCGAACAAGCCAUAUUCUAUGGUACCAUGCUCGGAAAUCCACUGAAUUUGAACAAUAAGAGUAGCCUGGACUUCUCUGUCGCGGAUAUCGAGCAAGCCGCGUUGGAUAUUUGCAGAGAGUUGCUUCAGUCUACAUCAAAGUUCAUCCCAGCGACAGCAAUCUCCUUAGAACAGAAUCUACGAUCGAGAGCAAAAGCUUUGGAUGACCUGGCAUACCUUUUGGUGCAACAAAAUAAGGCAUUGAGUCAACAAACCUGGUGGGAGUUAUUGUGGGGCGCGGAGAAACUUGCGGCUCAGAGGGCUAUGUGGAAGAUAGAAGAAAGUUCUAGGAAAUUGAAGGGCAAGGGACCUACGUUUCUUGCUCAUGUUAUCAAUUCGAUGAGUGACAAAUUUAAAACACGAGUCGAAAAGCAAGACGGCGAGGUUGACCCCGUCCGCAACUGGUUUCUCCACGAUACAUUCCAGAUGGAGCAUGUUGUUCCAUGGAUUUUCAAUGCCAUUAAGCCAAAGAAAGGGCAUUCGUCGAGACAGGGACGAAAGAUGUCAGAACAAAUACUAGAAGCAAGUGAGCUUUCUCUGGCGGUCUUGGAGACCGCAUUCAGAUACCGCGAUGAGCACGCUAGUCGGUACGGUAUCCGCGAUGGAUAUCUCGAAGAUGGCGUACUAGUUACCGGCUUCAAAGACCUACCGGAAUUUUGGACGUCUCAGAAUUUCAGUUAUGUUGAAACAGGCCAUUUGUUGGAUCUAGAACUCGAUAGCCAAAUGCAUUGUGAGCGGGUUCGGUGGCUCUCUGCCCAAGAGGACCCAAAACUGGUCGAUGAGGGCAUCGCUACUGAGCACGCCCAUGUUAAACAACGCAAGUGGCGACUCUUCAAACUUGCCGGUAUUGGAAGAUUGGAGGAUGCAAUUACGUUGGCGGAAAAGUUUCGAGACAUGAGUGCAUUGGUAGAGCUCAUCAUUGAGCUCCAAGAUCAAACAAAGGGCGAAAUUCUCCCCCAAAAUUCCCGAAACGAUGCAUCAGAUUCUAUCAACUGCUGGAUCAAUGAUGUAAUUGGUGAAAUUGACUACAGCGCCGCCGCUCAGUCGCUGGAGAAACUCGCAAUAGGGGUGGAAUCUGAUUUAUGGAGUCAUCGUGUCGAACUGUCCCUAGCGAAGCUUGCCAAACUAGCAACGUGGGAAGAGACCAAUAUAUCGAGUCAUUCUGGUUUUCACAACGACAUACGGCAUUUAGAAGAUCUCUCUGAAAUAGAUGCCGUCCAAGAACUCAUUUACGCCUGUAUUUCCCCCGCGUUGCAGGGUGCAAUUGAUCAAAGAGCCGAGGCCGACCUAGCAAUUGACCACUUUGGAAAAAGGAUUGCUGAGGAUAGGCCUUCCCUGCAUGAACUACUCAGUGAAACCCUCACCAAAGUUGUCACUAGGCAAAUCAUUGACAUUUAUGAACUGGUCGAUAUAUUGACGUUAAUGGAUUCUGACCAAGCAUCGGAAUAUAGCCAAUCAGAAUUAUCCGGGAAAGAGUUCUACCUAGCCUUGCGUGUCAUCCGUCUCGGAACUUAUGCUCAGCAAGGUUCACUCAACCCUAUUACUAUGCAGAAGCUGGUGUGGCGACGGUGUAUGAUAAAAGACAACUGGGUGGCUACAGGACGGGCGGCCGAGAGCAUGGACAAUGAAAGCGAGCCCUUCAUUUACGACACAGCCCUUUUCCGUACUCUGGGUCUAUGUCUAAAGGACAGAUACAACGAAGACGCUAGCUACGCAUCUCUGUACAUUCCAAGCUCUCCACAUGAUGUUUUUCUAAACGGAUCGGACUCUGAAGUUCUCUCGGCACGCUUUCGUCCAGAGCAACGAACACGAAUCAUGCAUGAUCUUGAAAGGGAGAAUGAAAUGCUACAUCAAUAUGUGGGGAAAGGAAGGCUUGACUUUUGGUUCAAAAAUCUUCGCGCCUCUGCAGAAGAGUCCGCAUCAACCCCAAUCCAUCCGACUUUUACUUUGGAGGAAUCCAACCACAACAACCAGCAGGAGGAGCGGUCCCCACAACAAAGGGAGGGGUCUAGUAAAGCGCGAUUAAAUUGGCUUUAACCUUUGAUUGGUCCCGGUUGCACAAUGCUAAACAAGCUUAGACGGCUAUGUCAGCGCGAUUACCUAUGCACUUGCAGCUAUUAUAUGUAAUUUGACCGAAUACAGAGGCAGAUUUUGUUAUCACGGUCCUCGUAUUUCUGCUAAUUAUCUACUUGUCCAUCACUUGUUAAGACA